GCGGCUGCCGGCAUUUGCUGGGCUGGGCAGGGAACCAGGAGCAGGAGUCGCACCCGCGGCUGGGAGCGGGCAAUCCGCUCCGCGGAAACCUCGGGGGCAGAGAUACCCCUGGCUCCAAGGGGUUCUGAGGGGAAGGGGCAAUUGAAUGUAGACGCAUUUUGGUAGUUUUGCUGAAAUAAUCAAGUGCCGAAGGCAGAUCUUAGGCAGAUGAGGUAGAGGGAUGGAUCCCACUGUUUUGGAUGCCAGCUUGAAUUUUUUAUUUACUUUUCUGUUUUGACCACUGCUAAAUGUGGAUUUUGCGAGCGAACCCGAUGGCGGUUGUUCCAUUGUUCCUUGUUUGAACGUAAAUCUUAGUCCUGCUGCUUGUGGAUUUUUUAUUUAUUUACUUAUUUAUUUAUUAAUUUUUGGAAAGGACCAUUCCAGGUAGCUUUUGCGUCUGACAAAAUGAAGCCUUUGUAUUUUUCGAUCAAUUAUACCUAAUAUUGACAUUCUGUUUGGUACAAGAGACUUAAAGUGCUGCCUCACUCAGAGGACCAUUAAAGACUUUCUCGGUCGCUACAUGUAGCUGAAUGUGUUACGACACAUCCUUUCUCCCCCCUCAAAUCCUCCUAAAGAUUUUUCCAAAAUGAAGAAAUUUAAUUUUCGCAAAGUUUUGGAUGGUUUAACUGCCGCAUCCCCUGUUGGAAGCAGUGGCGGUGGCAGUGGAAGUGGGGCUGGUGGCUCCGUGCACCCAGGAGGGACUGCGGGAGCUGCAGGGACACCCAGAGAGGAGAUCCAGGAGACGCUCACUUCAGAUUAUUUUCAGAUCUGUAAGACGGUUCGCCAUGGCUUUCCUUACCUACCCACUGCCUUAGCGUUUGACCCAGUGCAGAAAAUCCUGGCAAUCGGAACAAGAACAGGAGCUAUUCGAAUAUUGGGCAGGCCUGGUGUUGAUUGCUACUGCCAACAUGAAAGUGGUGCUGCAGUUCUGCAGCUCCAGUUCCUAAUCAAUGAGGGUGCUUUGGUCAGUGCAUGUGCAGAUGAUGCACUUCAUUUGUGGAACCUCCGACAGAAACGACCAGCUAUUCUACAUUCUCUGAAAUUUAAUAGAGAAAGGAUUACUUAUUGCCAUCUACCUUUCCAGAGUAAAUGGCUUUAUGUUGGAACAGAGAGAGGAAAUACACACAUUGUAAAUAUUGAGUCCUUCAUUCUUUCUGGAUAUGUUAUCAUGUGGAACAAGGCAAUAGAGCUAUCCACCAAGACUCACCCUGGCCCAGUUGUACAUUUAAGCGACAGCCCAAGAGAUGAGGGAAAACUGUUGAUAGGCUAUGAAAAUGGGACCAUCGUGUUCUGGGACUUACGAUCUAAAAGAGCCGAUCUGAGAGCUUAUUAUGAUGAGGCUAUUCAUUCUGUUGCUUGGCAUCAUGAAGGGAAGCAGUUCAUGUGUAGUCAUUCUGAUGGCAGCUUGACCCUAUGGAAUCUGAAAAGCCCUAACAGACCAUUCCAGACCACAAUUCCACAUGGAAAAGUUCAAAGAGAUGGAAAAAAACCUGAAUCUUGUAAACCAAUUCUUAAAGUAGAGUACAAGACCUGUAAAAACAGUGAACCAUUUGUGGUAUUUUCUGGUGGACUGUCAUAUGAUAAGCCUUGCCGAAGACCAAGUUUAACAAUCAUGCAUGGGAAAGCAAUUACAGUUCUUGAAAUGGAUCAUCCUAUAGUUGAUUUUUUAACUCUUUGUGAAACCCCAUAUCCAAAUGAAUUUCAAGAGCCCUAUGCUGUAGUUGUGCUUUUGGAAAAAGAUCUCAUUGUCGUUGACCUGACACAAACAAAUUUUCCAAUCUUUGAAAAUCCAUAUCCUAUUGACAUUCAUGAGUCACCUGUUACCUGCACAGAAUAUUUUGCGGACUGUCCUCCAGAUUUGAUCCCUGUACUCUAUUCUGUAGGAGCAAAACAUAAAAAGCAAGGAUACAGCAAUAAGGAGUGGCCUAUCAGUGGUGGAGCGUGGAACCUUGGAGCUCAGACAUAUCCUGAAAUCAUUAUUACAGGCCAUGCAGAUGGAUCAGUGAAAUUUUGGGAUGCUUCUGCCAUUACUCUACAGAUGUUGUACAAACUAAAAACAUCAAAGGUCUUUGAAAAACAGAAAGUGGGAGAAGGAAAAGCAACAGCUGAGAUUGUGGAAGAAGAUCCUUUUGCCGUUCAGAUGAUGUACUGGUGUCCUGAAAGCCGAAUUUUCUGUGUGGCAGGAGUUUCUGCCUAUGUGAUUGUUUACAGGUUCAGCAAACAUGAAGUAAAUACUGAAAUUGCAUCAUUAGAGGUACGACUUCAGUCUGAAGUAGAAGACAUCAUCACUCCUGAACCAGAAACAAAUCCUCCAUUCCCAGAUGCCUCCUCCCAGCUUCCUUCUUUAAAGAGCCUUUCAGGCAGUACCAACACUGUAGCAUGUGAAGGAACAAUGAAGGACAGUAUCCCAUGUCUUAGCGUUAAGGCUCGACCUGUGCGGAUGCCUCCUGGCUACCAGGCAGAUCUGGUUAUCCAGUUGGUGUGGGUGGAUGGUGAGCCUCCACAACAGAUUACCAGUCUUGCUGUAAACUCUGCUUAUGGACUAGUGGCUUUUGGGAACUGCAAUGGUUUGGCAGUAGUGGAUUUCAUGCAGAAGACAGUCCUGCUGAGCAUGGGCACCCUCGACCUCUAUGGGUCCAGUGAUCCGUACCAGCGGCAGCCCCGCUCACCCCGCAAGAGCAGGCAGUUUGCUGCAGACAACUUUUGCAUGCGUGGCCUGUCUAACUUUUAUCCAGAUUUAACGAAACGGAUCCGUACUUCCUAUCAGAGCCUGACUGAACUCAGUGACAGUCCAGUUUCCCUGGAGCUUGAGCGUUGCAAGUCUCCCACUUCAGUUAAAGGAUCAAGAAAGUUAAGUCUGCCAACAGAUCUUAAGACUGAUCUUGAUCACGUGAAUGGUCACUGUACCAGCCCAACCUCCCAGAGCUGCAGCUCGGGCAAACGCCUUUCCAGUGCAGAUGUGUCGCGAGCAAACCGCCGAGGGCCCGGCAGGCCCCCCUUCAGGAAAGCCCAGUCUGCAGCCUGCAUGGAGAUUUCUCUCCCAGUCACCACAGAAGAAAAUAGGGAAAACUCCUUCAGCCGUUCCCGAAGCUCCAGCGUGUCCAGCAUCGACAGGGACUCCAAGGAGGCAAUCACAGCUUUGUUCUUCAUGGAGUCCUUUGCCCGAAAGAAUGACUCUGCUGUUUCCUCCUGCCUCUGGGUUGGGACAGGCCUCGGGAUGGUCAUAAUCCUGUCCCUCAAUCUGCCUGCCAGCGACGACUUACGGCACUCAGAGCCAGUCAUGGUGUCUCCAAGUGGCACCGUGCUGACCCUGAAGGGAGCCGUGCUGACCUUCGCGUGCUUGGACUGCAUGGGGACACUGACACACCAGCCCUAUGAAGUAUGGAGGGACCCACACAGUGCUGAUGACGGUGACAAAACAAGGAAAAGGAAACUUGUCAUGCAUUCCCCUUCCUCCUCCCAGGAUAUGGGUGAUCAUCAAUUUGCAGUCAUUUGUUCAGAAAAACAAGCCAAAGUCUUCUCAUUGCCUUCCCAAACAUGUCUUUAUGUCCACAACAUCACCGAAACGUCCUUUUUAUUGCGAGCAGAUGUGGUCACCCUCUGUAACAGCGUCUGUCUGGCGUGCUUUUGUGCUAAUGGGCACAUCAUGACACUGAGCUUGCCCAGCCUCCGCCCGCUGCUGGACAUGAACUAUUUGCCUGUGACAGACAUGAGGAUAGCACGGACCUUCUGUUUCACUAACGAGGGGCAGGCUUUGUACCUGAGCUCUCCCACAGAGAUCCAGCGCCUGACCUACAGCCAGGAGAUGUGUGACAACCUGCAGGACAUGCUUGGGGAUUUGUUUACUCCUGUGGAAACACCAGAAGCCCAAAACAGAGGCUUCCUCAAAGGACUUUUUGGAGGAAGCGGACAAGCUUUUGACAGAGAGGAGCUUUUCGGCGAGGCCACAGCAGGAAAAGCCUCCCGCAGCCUGGCCCAGCACAUCCCCGGCUCGGGCGGGAUCGAGGGCGUGCGAGGAGCGGCGGGCGGGGUCAUCGGGGACCUGACCCGGGCGCGCAUCGCCCUGGACGAGAGGGGGCAGAAGCUGGGCGAGCUGGAUGAAAGGACUGCCAGCAUGAUGGCCAGCGCAGAGGCCUUUUCCAAACAUGCACACGAGGUGAUGCUCAAAUACAAGGACAAAAAGUGGUACCAGUUUUAGACUUUCAAAGAAGCUGCUUGUGGCUUUAUUAAGAACACUGUUCAGGGAAGCAGCCUUUAUUCCCAGUCACUGGCCAGAGACAGUUUUUUCUCCUAGAAGAUGUUUUCCUGUUACUGUUAUUGGAUCAUCACAGUGGACGUCAAGGAGAAAUUUACAGACCGUGGGAUGGAAGCUGGAAUCAUGAGGGUCUUUCCAAAAGCUGACUCUUGGGGGGCUAAUUUUUUCCCAAAAGGAACUCAACCAUCACUGUGGCAUGUAGUUUUUCAGGAGCUGUAGGUAUGAACUGUGGGGAGGGCGUCUGGUGAAAAAUAUUCUGUACAAACUCGAAUGUUAAUGCACUUAUAAAACUUUGCAUGACUAAUUGCCAACUUAAAAAAAAAAAAAAAAAGAGAAAAA